AUGCAGGGCGCCAGCCUGCUGCCGGGCGCGCAGCCCAUGUCGCCGUCGGAGAAGCUGGGCGCGGGCCUGCCGCUGCUGCAGCGACUGCGCAUGCUCAAGGAGAAGCAGGAGCGCGAGGAGCGCAAGCUGCUGCCCGCGUCGCCGCCGUCCAGCCUGUCGCCCCCGACGACGGCGGACGACUCGCGGCUCCACUCGGGCCCCUCCUCCGAGGAGGACAGCGCGGCUCCUCGCAGAGUCGCCGCCGGCAGCUCCAUCCUCACACGGCUCGCCUCGCUCAAGCACGCUGGCCGCCAGCCCAGCGCGGCGUCAUCGACGGCGUCGAGCGACCGGCACAGCGACGCGGAGGCGGUGCCGUGCGGGCCGUGCUCGCCCACGGAGGCGCUGUCGCCGCCCCCCUCCGCCGCCAGCUCGGCGCCGUCGCGCGGCGGCUCGCUUCUGCUGCGCGACAAGCUCAAGACGCUGGACGCAGACGACGAUCAGCUGCCCGUCCCAGCAGUGCCAGGAAUCGCCAAAGAGAACGACGCGUGGAGGCCGUCGGUGGAGAUGGCGUCGCCCCCGCCAGCCUCCGUGGGGCGGCCGCCGCCCCCAGGGGCGGAAGCAGACCCGCAACCGCCGCCCACGUGCGUCGCAGCCGCAGCCGCUGCCGUCUCCAACACUACACCAGCCGUGCCUCUCAAGUCGCACUCGGAAGCGACGGCGAUGCAGUACGUGCGCUCGCAGCAGCUGUGCCGGGACGGCGCGCCGCCGGAGCCGCCGCAGCAGCAGCUGCAGACGCCGACGUCCCCCGAGAGCAACGAGACGCCCGAGCGGCGCAACCUCAAGAGCAUCCUCAAGAAGCUCUCGGCGGGCUCGCUAUUUUCGGCGGUGCCGCCGCCCGCAGCCGCCGCGGCAGCAGGCGACGACUCGGCAGCCGCCCGCGCCUCCGCCCCCACAGCCCCCGCGGCUGUCGGCGCUCCGGGCGACGAGGCGCCACCCGCAGGCGCCGCCCCCGGGGCGCAGACCGUCUGUUCGCCCACCGCUGCCGCCAAGCAACGUCAGGUGGACAUGCGCAAGCUGAUGCGCGCGCCCACGGUGGAAGGCUACGCUGCGAGGCACUCCAAGCUCACCAAGAGCGUCACCUUCAACCGCGACACACUCCAGUCGCCUCCAGCGUCUCCUCCAGUGUCGCCUGUCGCAACUCAGCAGCCUCCAACGCCGACAGGUCCCACUAUUCCGACAACAACAGCGGAAGACAAUCGGUUGAUAACUCCUCCGCCACCAGUUAUUGCCCAGAAGAAGCCACAACCACCUGCUUCCGUCUUAGCAGCGAAUCAGAAAAACUUUCUGGGAACAUCGCUGCUCCUACCAUCACAAAACGGAGAUGAAGAAUUUUUCGGUGACAUAAUCAGUGGCAUCAAGCAAGUCAUCCAGGGCCAUCUCGAGGACAUACAGAACAAGUUUCAAUCUCGUUUUCAGUCCUUAGAAUUGGAGGUCAAGCGAAGAGAUGAAAUCAUUCAGCAACUGCAAAAGAGAAUUCACGAACUUGAGAACCCCCCGCAAGGAGAUGCAGAAAGUCACCCUUUAGUGCCUAACGGUGGAGAAGAGAGCAGCAGUGACCAAUCUGAUGCCGAUGACCAACCAUUUAUGAGGGGAGACUCCGUGGACACAGUGCUGGGAUCCCCUGAGACGGCACGGCCACGUGCCCGUCACGAACAGGCGCCCCCAGCACCGGGCCGGUGUCGACCGCGGCCGCCAUCUUGGGACGAGGUGUCCCGGGAGGAGCGUGUGGAGCUGGGCGUGCUGCCGCCACCUGUCCCACUGCCGCUGCCUCUGCCGCCAGCGCCCAAAAAGCCUUCCUGGAGGCAGGAGUCCAUUUCUGUGGACCUAGGCAGUUCUUCCGAAGACUCUUCUGAGUCCUCUAGCAGUGGUGCUGAGGAAGAAGGUUUUGACCAACGAGCAGGUGUGUCGUGGGAAGUACAAAUGUUGGCUCGUGAAAUGGAGAGACAAGAGCAAGAACAGCAACGAAUUACAAAUUCUGAGUUGAAUAUGCUGCAAAGGCUUGUUGAUGAACAACAUCCAGAGGUACCAGCAUCCAUGAGUGGAAUGAGGGCACAAAGCUUUGAAUACCCUCCACACCAGCAGCGGAUGCCAUUGCGGGCACAAUUGUCUACCAAUGGUUGCCCUUAUGAUGGAUCAGCCCAACAGACACCACUCUGCAGUACAGAUACCACACUGAGUUCGUUGCCACCUGUACCACCACGAGGACAACCAUAUGUGCCAUCAGAUACCUGAGAGUGUAUAAUAUCUGGAUGACAUGCCUCACGUUUUGCUCAUCCAUACAGAACGCUACUCUCCACUAGAACUCUAGUGAUACAGUAUUAUUUCAUAAAUGAAACAAACAGGAAUUUUUUGUACAGGACAAUUCACUGACUGAAAAAAAAUCUUCUUUUUCCACUUUUUUUAAUGGCUUUGGUGAGAAAUAGUGUGGCGCUUCAAAGUAUUUAGUGUAGUCCGAUUGCGGACCAAAAUGAAGUUCUUCCAGUGAAACUAUUAACUGUGAAUGGAAUGAAGAAAAUAAGAAAACACUACAGACUUUUACAUGGUACUGCUGUUAUCCUGAUAAUGCCUUCACACAGUCCAUUUGGUUCAGCUGUGGACUGUGAGAACUCACCAGAUAGUGCCAACAGGGUAUUAUACUUAGAAAUCAUUUUCAGUUAUAACUUGAAAAUAUAUUACUAUUAGUUUGUCUCUAAAAGGAAAUUCUAUGAGAAUUAUUCAUUAAUUCAUUAAUGCCUGCUUACCAGUUAUAUCACUGAACCUUGAACAUCUGAAAACAUCUAUGAUUGCAUAUCACACAGUUGUUGCUUGAAAGAGAGAAAAAUGAUGUAUUUUGACCAUCCAAGUGUCGGAAACUCAAUAGUUUGUAAAUUAAUAAAUAAAUUAUUGUGGAGAGAAUGAAAAAUAUUAGUACAUGAUGGAUGUGGCAAUCCAAACAUUGCAUAUUAAUGAAAAUGCGUGAACGUGAACUAUUCAUGAUACGCAACAGAUGUACCUCAAACUUAAUAAUUUUAAUUUCUGAUACUUGGACAUAUAUUGUCUCUUUCACACAUAUCAUUUCUUAAUGUACAAGAGAAAUGUGGUGCCAUCUGAAAAUAAAUGCUGUCGGUUUACAGAUUAGGUAAAAGCAAUAAAAUUCUUGGUCCGAUAACUUCAGUUUUUUAAAAUUGUGUGCCAAGAUAUGUUGCAAAUAAUGAGUAAUAGAUAAAAGAAACUCAGUAGGCUCUAAUGUUUCCAUAUCAAUAGUGCCCUUAGAACUUGUUAGCCUUUGAGAAAGCUAUAUAGUGAAAAGUUGGAUGUAAAGUAAGAUGCUAAACAGACAUUGAAGAAAAACAGGAAUCUUCACAAAUUCAGAGAAAGGAAAAAGAUGAGUAGGGAAGGCUGACAAUAAAUAAGGUUUUUUAAAUGUUAGUACAGUGUCAAUGACCCAAUACUAGUUUAUAUAAUGAUACCAUCAAAUAACUCAAUGCUGAGAGACGAAAAGGAAGGGCUUAGCUAUACUGGUUAAUGUGUCAUAUAAGAUGUCAGACAAGGUGGUUUUUCAUAUCAGUUUUGGUAAGAAUACAUAAUUGUUCACUUCAGUGAAUCUAAUUUGGAGAGAACAGUUCAUGCAUUCCUAUGCUGUGUUAUUGUUGAAUGUUUGACUUUUAUUCUGCUUAUGUCUGAUAUUGAUAGAUAAAUGUCAGAACCAGUUAGUAUUCAUUUAAAGGUAUCACUUUGAUGGAAAUUUUUUGUGCACUAAUUUGCAUAUAGUUAUUGCUUCAUUGAUAAAUAAUCAAACAGAUGCCAGCAGAAGAUGAACUGAAAAGUUAUAUAUCAAGAUUACAAUUUGUGGAAAGGAAGUUGUAAUAUUUAGUCUACACAAAUAUUGCAUAAUGCUAAUAAGAUUGUAUGGGUACUGUAAUACUGUUUUCACACAGAAAAACAGUCAUAUCACACAGAUAACUUUUACAGCACAUGGCAGUAUGUAAAAUACACUGAAUAAAAUUGUACUGGAUUCCCACAGUUAAUGUUGUGAAUGCAUUUUCUGCCUUAGGCUUUCCAUAGUUCAUAUUACAGAUGUGCUGCAAUAUUCAUAAUUUCCAUGUAUUACAGAAAAAUCUAACUGUGAAUAAUUGUAUUGGUAUUUAUCAGUCCCAUUACAAAUUCUGCUCUGUUAUCUUCAUACUCCCAUCACAAUUAUAUGGUCUGUGUUCACUGAUACAUAUUGAGCAAGACUUCUGGAGUAUCCUUAUGGAUGUAUCCAUUUCAUAUCCCACCUCCAGUACCAGCGUCACAAAUGUAUGUAGUAGAAAUGUUGAUUACCAUUUAGUUUUUCACAACCUCCACCAUAUUUACCUCAAUUUCGUACAGGUAAAUUCUUUAUCAUCUAGUCUCCUCCCUCCCUCCCUCCAUCCCUCCCACCCCCCUUCCUCCCUUCCUCCCUCCUAAUAUUAUCUCACUCUGUUCCUAUCUUCAGAAGUCUUUCACCACCUCAGUUAAAGACUGUGAGACUGUGAUAUAUCACCCAUUAACACAUUUUGUCAUCUGCAAAUAAGAAUCUCUGUCUGUCCUAUUACUCUGUUAACAAACUUUAGUUUGAAAGGUGAAUAAUGUAUUCUAUAUGUGACAUGAUGAUAAACUUGUAGAAACAACUCUUUCUUUUUUGCUAUCUCUUGCAGUCAGUCAUUUAAGAACAGUAAUAUUUCAGAUAUUGCUGCUGCACUAAAUUAGUGUAGAAAAGAAAGUAACUACACUAUUUCAUUAUCACAGAAAAUCUUGGAUGGCAUGCAAUAAAUAACAGUAAGCACUCACUGUAUCAUAGAACUGUUGAGCAGUAGGUGAGUACUUAAACUAUAAACUGUAGAUUAUCGUACAAACUUGCUUUCGUCUUUCCAUGUGAUUUAUGCAUAAAAGCAGCCACAUCAAGUUCUGCUGCAAUGACUGCACAUAACUUUAGGUGCAUCCACCUUUAUGAAUAGCAACGAAUGAACUAGUAGAAGGCUGACUAUCAACAGGGAAGUGCAGUUGGGCACAAAAUGAUAAACUUCGUCCUUGUCCUGUACCCACUUCAGUCGCACCUUUCUUUCCUCCCUCAUCAGCCUCUAACUCCUCACUACUUCACUCUAGUACCCUCACCUAACAGAUUUCUUAUCCUAUGAAUUCUCAUCCAUAAAAUAGUUCUCUCAGCAGUCUGUAUUUUCCUCUCUUCUAUCUUGUCCAUCCUCAGGAAACCUUUCCAUGUAUCUUCUUGUGCCAGAGAUAUGGUAAAGAUCGUGUAUAAGACCAUAAUUUAAUUUUACACUUUUACUAGUACUCCCUCUGCUCAUAUUUUUAUUUCUUCUCUUCUGCUGUUCACUUUCUUCUCCACUUUCCCAGAACUUUCUUUACCUUGGAACCCUUUCCACUUCUUAAAUUUGAUUCUGUGUUUUGUUCUGCCUUCAAUUACUUGGUUAUAUGUGUCACUCUCAUCUAGAUAGUCAUUCAAUUUCUAAGCCAGUUGAUUUAAAUUUUACCUUUUCAUAUUGGACAAUUUCUCUUUUAAGUCUUAUAAAACUCAUGAUUUGGAUGUGUUCAUAGAAUAUUAGUGUUCUUUUACUUGUUUUUACCUACAAUUUUUGAUAAUGUUUAUGCACCAUUGUGUCGUAUCAUAACUCAGUUGUUUCUGCUGUUCUGUUUCCUAAUAUCUUUCUCACAGCCUUCCUGUUGUUUUCUUUAAUUUCUUCAUUUUCUUUUAUUAAUCAUAUAAUGAGCAUGUCUUAUGCAUAUGUGCAUUCUUGUGAAAUUAUUGACUUGUAAUGAUGAAUUUUCACAUUCAUAAAGAAAGAUUUUUUAAAAAUAUUAUAAACAUAUUUUGUGGAGUUGGAUACUAAAUCCAUAUUUUCAGUAUUACUUUGGUAACUUCCUUUUCUCCCUACAUUAUGUUGGACGAGGUCUUCUAGGUACUUAAAUCUACCUACCAACCAUUAAAAUUAAAUAUAGACAAUGGUCUUUCUGCUUAAUUUAAAUGGUGAAGUCAUACUGUUUGUCUGCUUUUUCUAUAUUUUUAAUUUUGUUCUGCUACCAUUGCUCUGUGUUCCACUUUUGCUAAAUUAUCUAGAAAUGCUUAACAAUAAAUUUUGAGAGUGAUCCUUUACCAGAUAGUUAUUAUUUGAAUUUUAAUGUUAGAUUCUGCAAGUAUCUUUCUCCAUUCUCUGACCAAUUUUCAGUUAAACAAAUCUGGAGGUAGUCAAUAACCUUGUCUUAAAAAACUUCUUUCUUAAUUUCAAGUGCAUGUUAUUUAUCCCACAAAUUUCACUUUAUACUUUGUGCCGGCUGGUAUCUCUUGUAUAAUCUCCUGUGUUUAGUUAUCUAAUCCAAAUGCUGCCAUGAUUUUCGGAAAGGCGAGGACUAUAUAUAGGUGCGAAACCUUUGCUUUAACCUAUAAAAGAACAUUGGUAGUGUUUAUCUCUUUUAAUUCUCUGUAGUAAUAUUAGCUUCAGAUUAUUGAUUCCUUCUGUUCAGUGCUUAACUCUCCUAAAGAUUUCCAGAUGUUCUGCCCCCUACAUGACUACUGGCAACUUGCUAUUAACCUUACCUGCAGCAAGGCAAGUACCUGUGCUGUUUUAUUCUUGUGCAGUGUUGUAGACUUUGCUGUUCCCUUCUAUUCUUUCAUUCCUCCCUCUUCCUGUCUUACUUCUUCAUUUCUCUCAUUCUUCACAAUGUGACCCCCCACUUCACUCACAUGACAAUUCCAGGUUGAGGUAGAUGUGUGUAUGUUUACCCUCAAAAGGAAUAGAAGCUCAUAAACAGAGGUAGCAUGUUCCAGUUCUUUUUUUAGCUGUUUUUCUGUCGUUGAACACCCACACCAUGUUGUUAGUAGUUAUUGUUAUGGAUCUCAUUGUUCAUUUUGUCCAUAUUUUGUGUCAUUCAUCUGACUAAUUCAUCAUACAGCAUGAUAUCUUCAUGUAUAAUUCCACCUGAUAGUUACAGAAGUUGGCUACCUUCAUCUAAUAAUUAUUACAACAUUCUGGAAGUAAGAAGAUCCAAAGAGAUAAAAUACAUAAACAUAUUAUGAAAGAGCUUUUGACCUCAACAGGGGAAACAAAACACCUUGAAAUCUGAAAUGACCCAUAACAUCAUUAGCAGAAGAUCAAUAUUUUUUGUUUGUUGCUAUCAAUACAUCAAAUUAAUUUUACUUAUACUUGUUUUUUCACAUUUUUUCCAGACAUCAUACCUUUCUGUCAUUUGCUGACAUUUCUAUCCUUUUUGGAGGUUUUUAACAUUGUUCUUCGUAUCAUUGUAUCCAAGUUUGUCUUAUUUUAUUUAUUAUUACUUUCUAAAAACUCAAUCUUAACUCCUACAUUUGCCAUUUUGAUAAUAAACAAGUGGCACACUCACUGUCAUAUGUUGUCAGUUAGUUCAUUGGUAAGCUCUCAUUACUCUCCUUCAAAAAUUGUCUGAAUAAAUAUCCAUAGUAAAAAGUUGUUAAUUCAUGGCCUUCUUUAAUGCCUGGAAUAUGAAGAUUCCUUAAAAGAUUGGUUUAUGUAGACAUUUCUCAAUAACUUCUGUCCACAACUAUUUCCCUCACUUACAACAAUAAAAAAGUAAUGCUAACUACUGACAAGAAUUUAUCCAAAGAUAGUGCUUCCAGGCAUAGGCAGAGUCAUUCAUUAAAGGUGAAAAAAUCUAUAGUUAGCUAUUUCCAUUAGGAAUAUUACACAGACAAUCCAACUGAUGUUUGCAGACUGUCGCUUGGAUACAAAAAUUUGCAUACUAACAAUAUAAGAAUAAAAAUGUUAAUAUAUUUGACUGUUAAAUAUCAGUGACUGCCAGAGUUUGUAAAUGCCACAGCAACUGUGUAACAUGCAAUAUUUCUUAGAUGGCUAUAUAACUGUCAUAUUCCUAUUUGGGAUAAAACAAAAUAGAGCUUUUAAAACUGGAGAGAAAAAUUUAGUCUCAUGAAAACAGGUGCUCAUUCUCAAAGAAAUGAGUGAAUUGUUUGCAGAAAAAUUAAUUUUUGCUUUCUAAAAAGGCUGUUUCCUUCUCAGUAUAAUAGAUAUACAACAUUUAAGUUCUGCCUCCCUACUGAUUGUACAUUAUUUUUGUUGUUAUACUUUUGACCUACUUUGAAUCAUGUAACACGUAUUAUAAAUUUAAGUUUAUCUGUUAAUUUUUUAGCUACUCAUAGAUCUUUAAAAGAAGUGUUGCAGACAUGCAGCCACAAGCUUUUCAAUAAUUAUCUGGUAUGUUGUCACAUACUCUGCAGCUAUGUUCCUGGUAUCAGAAUGACUUGACAUUAAAUAAUUAUGCUUUAAUAACUUCUGUUGUAAUAAUAAAAUGAUAAUUAAGAAUUAUCAUUAAGCACAAGUAAUAACUAACUUUUUAAACAUUAGUCAUUUUUAGAAUCAAAUGAAAGUUAAAUGUCCUUUGGCAAAGUAUCAGAGUGAUGCUUAGCUAUGGGUGCUCAAAUUAAGAAGUGGAUUUGAUGAUGUUUUGAGGACACAAAAGUAUGGUAAUGCAGCUAUGCAAACCAUUGAAGCAAGUCAAUUGUUUCCACACCAACUGUAGUAGACAACAAUGUUGCAGCUAUUUAAAAUUAUACUUUAGUUUUAUCUUUGGUAAUUUCCCCAUUUAGAGGAAUUUAUUUUACAUAUUCACAUUAUUUUAACAGAAAAUAAAAUUCUCAGAGUUUCUCCCAGUGUAGUGUAGGAGACACACCAAAUAUUUUAUUUUGUCUUUGUAUCAGCCGUCCAGAGAGAAAGAUGGAAUUGUGCAGCCACAGUGGCAUGAAGUAAAUGUUAAGAAUGAGACACUAUGGUGCAUUUUGGUAAUAAGUAAAAUUAACAUCUUAUUUUGUUGCUUGUUGAAUACCUAGGAUGUUCAACCUCUUUACACUCUUUCUAAAUACAUUAUGAAAACUCCAGUCUCUAGUUACAUUAAUGCAAUAUUGUUACAAUGCCUGUUAUGUAUAAUUAUUGUAUGGUUAAAAUUUGCAGAUAUAUAUUGGGUACAUAUAUACCUCUGUCACAGUUUUAAUGAACUAUGAAUAGUUAUCCUGAAAUUUAUAGCUCAAUUGUAUUGAAAUUAUAACCAGUUUAUAUAGAUUAUUGACUGUAUAUAAGAUUCUAUAUAAAUUUGAUGUAAUGAUGAAAGUCAAAAAUAUUAAUGUUUUUAAUGUUAUUGUUUAAUGAAAUUGUACAAGGAAUGUGUCCUCUGUACAAAUUAAAAAUGUAUAACUGUAUAUGUCUUUGGUAUAUGUAUUUUAAUUUCAUGUACACACAAGGAAUAAGACACCAAGAAGAGCCUGGAUUUUCCAUUUUGCUAAGAAAUUUGGGAAAUUCUGGGCACCAAAUCUCAAGUAAAUAAAUAUAUGUACAGCAAGUAUACAAUUUUCAUACCUUAUUUCCUACCCUCAGAAUCCCGUCAGUUUGCACCAGUUUAAUUUUCUCUGUUGGCAUCUCUCUUAUAUAUAUCUUCGAGUCAUAGUUCUGCUCAUUUGGAUGUGCCAUUGAAACUCUCCAUAACUCUGCUCUUAAAUGAGAAAAAUAUGCAGCAAAUUAAACAUAUCAAGUGAAAUUUAGUUAAUUUACUUACAAGGACUUUCAUUUUGCUUUUAUAGCUUUUCUUCCUGUAAGUUAUCCAUAUGAUUUUAUUCGAAAACAUCAAAAAAUCAUGAAUGCCUUACGUGUGAGACUGCCACUGGUUUUUCAAACCUGUAAUAAGAGGUAGAACUGUAAGUGGCUGUAGGCAUUCACAGAUAAAAGGCUUUGAUUAUUAUCAUGCAACCAUGUUCUAUUGGCAUAAUUAAUUUUGUAAAAAGAAAGUUUUUGUUAAUUGCUUGCUAUGACCAAAACUUAAUUUUGGGCUCUCAUAGCACAGUUGUGUUAUGUUGGAAUACUGAUCUUCGUGAAAUAUUUGCUAACAUAUUUUCAAGUGUUGUUGUUUAUAAGGUUGUUUACAAGUCCAGGUACUUAACAUGUAACAGGACCAACACUUUAUUAUUUUUUAACUGCUCCUUUUUUUGUUAAAUGUUGGUCAGUUGUUGAAUUAAAAGUUGAGUAAUGAACUCAGUUUUAUGACAGAAGAAUAUUUAAUGCUAAAAAUAAACCUUCUAUACCAAAUUAAUUUCUAACAGCUGUUGAAAUUCCCUUGUAUCUGUAACAGCAAGUGCUUUAAAAUCUUUAAAAAACCCUCCCCCCCACCAUCACCCCCCCCCCCCCCUCCAAAGAAAAACGAAUUGCUUUGAACUAUUUGCCAGUUCCACAACAGCUUUUUCUCGGGUUUUCUACCUAAAUAAAGCUAUUGUUACCUGUAGUUAUUGCUACUUAGCUAUGAAUGUUUUCAAACAAAAAGGUUAAGAUACUUUUCAUUGGUUUAUUAUGUUAAGAUUCCCACAAAAUUGUUUCAUUACAAUGUUUGUUUUUAUUAAUGACAUUUAUUUUUAUUUAGGAUGAUGGAACAAGAGGUAAUGUCCAGGAGGAACAAAAAUUUAUUUUGGGCCAAUUUUUGGGAAAUCCUGCAAUUUUUGAUGAGAUUACAGUGAUAUUUUCAAACAUAAUUACAAAAUUGAUGCAACUAAUAGGAAAAUUUAAACUAAUUACUAUAUAUUAUGAGGCCAGCAUUCAGAGAACGUCAGAAGCUGUGCAGUUGUCUGAUACAAUAUAAUUUACUUUCAAUGUAGACAUUGAAAUUUGCAAAAUAACAUUUUAGGAUGUGCAAUGCCAUAUUCCAGCACAAUAUUUUCUUAUGGUGUUUCUUAUGCUGUUGAAUUCAUUAAAUUGUGUAUAUUAUUUUCAUAAGAUAGUUGAAAGCAUAAGCUUGACACUAAUGUGAAUUGUAAUAUAAGCAUUUACUGUACUAUAUCCUCAAGAAAAACUGUUUAGUUUGGGUCAUAUUCUAGUAUUUAUAAAAUGUAACAUUAUGUAACUACUGAAAGAAAAGAGAGAAAUUAAUAAUAUAAUAAGUUGCCUUGAUAA